CCUAAUUCUCCGUAGUCCAUACAAGGGAAGGGGUUAAUGCGAUUUUACUCACAAGUACUUGUGCUUUGGGAACAAAUUUUGGUCUGAAAAUCGUUGCUUUGCAGAGUAUAAGAUCUUGCUCCCACGUCUCUGAUUACUUGCAAGCUUCAUCUGCACUCAUGGAUCCCAACCAGCCUGUGGGUGAAAACUACGCCAAUCCCAGGACUUGCUUCUUUCAUGUCCUCUUCAAGGUUUUGUUUACCCAAUUGUGCUCUUUAGCAUAUCUUUUUAUGCAAGCCAUGUUCACUUUAUUAAGGCAUAUUUUGUUUUUUGUAUCCUCUCAGGCUGCAGCCUUGGCAUUUUACAUUCUCUCGGCCCUCUUUAUUGAUAACUUUGUCAUCAUUUUCGUGGUGACUGUCCUUCUUGCCGCCCUUGAUUUUUGGGUAGUCAAGAAUGUCAGUGGGCGAAUUUUAGUUGGAUUGAGGUGGUGGAAUGAAAUUAAUGAUCUGGGUGAGAGUGUUUGGAAAUUUGAAUGUCUUGACCACGAGUCAUUGGCUCGGAUGAACAAGAAGGACUCAUGGCUUUUCUGGUGGACCCUGUAUCUUACAGCGAUUCUGUGGAUUGUGCUGGCUAUAUUCUCACUCAUAAGGCUUCAAGCUGAUUAUCUCCUUGUUGUAGGAGUUUGUCUGACCCUUAGCAUUGCAAAUAUUGUUGGUUUUACCAAAUGCAAAAAAGAUGCCAAGAAGCAGAUUCAACAAUUUGCCUCUCAGACAAUUGCCUCUCGGUUCUCAUCUACCUUACAGUCAGCGUUCAGUGUUGUCUGAUCGUCAAAGAUGGAAAUGCAAGUUGAACCGUUCAUUAUUGAGAUGCGGUGGAAGUUUGUACAUGAUUAUUUCGGCCAGGAGCAUCGAAUUGGAUUGAUCAAACUUGCAUAGUUACUGAUAUAGCAAAUGCAAAAUUUUGUACUUUUUACAUGAAAUGGCUUGAAUGAGACUUUGAUGAUCAAAUUACAUAGUAAAACAGUUCUUUGUAGGUGUAAAUCAUGUUUUUUUCUUGUAUUCUUUUUGCAUCGAAGGAUUAAGAUUUAUAUUCUGUAUUGACUGCAAUAAAUCUUUAUGGCAUAUAAUCAGGAUAUUGACUCUUGGAAAUUGAAGGAUAAUUAUAAAUUACGAGGUUGCAUCAUCA